AUGUAUUCCAUAUAUGACCUCGCGUUCGAUGGGCUUCUCAAGCAGAAGGAUCUUAUCGGCAGAGAAAAGGAAAUAGACGCAGUCGACAAAGAAACUCUCUUCACCCCGCUCGGUGCGGCCGUCUUCCAGGGCAACAGAGACGCAGUCAAACUUCUUCUCGCCAAUAAGGCGAAUCCCGAUGGCGUCCCCGAGUCCUAUCCGCCGCUCUGGAUCGCAGCAGCCCGAACAAAGGGGGACAUUGGCAGCAUUGUCGGAAUGCUUCUUGCACACAAAGCUGCUGUGAACAUAGCUUCGGAUCUUACCAAUAAGUCGACUCCUUUGCAUGCCCUCGUCAAGCGGUACAGGAGUGAAGAUGACCUCUAUGUGAUGGAAGCUCUCGUGGAUGCCGGUGCUGAUCCAAAUGCCAAGAACGAUAGGGGGGAGUCAGCCAAGUCCGUGGCCACUGCGCGAAAUGACAAAAAGAUAUUGGCUAUUUUGUCUCCCCAGGAGUGGAAGCGUAGCCACAUCAAAGACCUCCUUUUGCUUGUAUCACUCAUCAUGUUUGUAUUCGCAUGGGCAAACAAACAACCUCUUAUGAGGACUGUUGCCGGGGUGAGUAUGGCUGUGAUAGGUGCUUCAGGAGCUGUCAAGAAAAGAGCUAUCAAGAAAAGAUUCAGGAUCAGCGGUAUUGGUGAUCUGUUCAAAACAAAGAUCCCACCGCAUGUCCUGAAGAAGAUUGAAAAGGAAAACACUGCAAGAAAUUUCAAGGAAGAAAUGAGCAAGUACAUCAAAAAGGCCCAUCUAGACCACUUCUUCAAGAAGGGAAAGGAGGACUUCCUCGAUAAAGUCAUCAAAAAGGCCGUUGACUUGGAAGAUAAGCCGAAAAAGACUGUUCGUACUACAGACUUGAUCAGUCUUGCACUCUUUCAACCUGUGCUGUACUGCGACGAUAGCCGUUCAAUGAAGAGAGACAACCGGAUACAGCUGCAGGCAGACUUGAGUGAACGGAUCACCAGUCUCACCACGAGGCUUGUUCCUGACGAUACCGGCAUCGAGUUGCGACUCAUCAACUAUCCAACCCAGGACUUCAUGUCAAAGCCUCUUCCAGAGAAGGUCAACGAUAUACUCAUGAAUAUUGUCACAUACACCGGUCCAACUGAGAUCGGAACGAACUGCAGGACAAAAAUUCUCGAAGAGAUAGUUUAUCGACCGAUAAGGGAGGGCAGAUUUGAUCGUCCGGUUCUCAUUUCCAUCUUGACUGAUGGCUGUCCUCUGGGGCCUCCUGGAAGCAGUGAGACGCAUGAUACGCUGAAAACGGUUAUUUUGGAGUGUGGUCAAUUUCUGGAGCAGAAUGGUUUUGACAGAACUGGUAAGACAAUUUCGUCUACUGAAGCAAUCACGUCUGACAUAGCUUUAUAG